AUGCUGGCCAGCCUGGACCGCAUGUUGGCGCUUUCCGAAGGUCUGCGCCAUUGGCUUGUUCUUGUUGAAUGGCAUAUGCCCCUGCCCAUGCCUGAUCGUUCCAUUUCCGACCCCCUGAUCGCCGUAGAGGCCCUGCUCAAGGGACAUCAGGCCAAUGCUGCUCUUAGUGACAGAGCUAAACCCGAGCCAGCCGGGCAGGCCCUGGCGGUUGACGACGAUGACGUGCGCGCCGCUGCAGAGCUACUGCAAAAGGCAAACCUCGAGCCCACCGACCUUGAGGACCCGCGCAAGCUGCUCCAGCUCAUUGCCGACAAGUACGGCACCGAAGUCGUGCAGCUGCGCAAGGAGCUACAGCGCUUAGACAAGGUUCAAGUGGAGCUGUACAACAUGCAAGGCAGUUCACGAACGCAGAUAACAGAACUCAGGACACGCCUCGAUCAAGUCGCCGACGCCCUGAAACCCAGAAAUGCCCCUGGAGGCGAGGAAGACGACGACGACGUGGCCGAGAAAACAUUAGAGGCCAAAAUCCAACAGAUUCUUGAUCGAAGGCAAGAAGUGGACCAGCAAAAGGCCAAGGCCAAGGCCGAAGCCGAGGCCGAGCCCAUCGAGGACGAGGAUCUCGACGGCAUUCCCGACCCCGUCCCAAAGAUAGAAGCUGGGCCCUUCAUUGCCCUGAUGCAAGCUCACCUUCAAGGCAAGCUGUCCCACGAAGAGCUCGAGACAACGCUGGGCAUUGACGCAGCCGAGGCCGCCAAACCGUUGACCUGGCGUGACGUAGCCGCGUUGAAUAACGAGGAUCAAAAGCAAAAGACGUUCAAGUUUCUCGUCCACGAGGGGCUCUUGGACCCCCACGAGGUCUCACUGCAAGCAGUCAGUCAGCUUCUUAAUGGCGUCUUCCUGGGCCGCCGAUGCCUCGAGUCAAAAGAGACGGGUGGCCGCGAUGCCAUGAUCUUGCGCUCCUGCAGCCUGGGUGGUCCCUUUCAGCAUUACGCCUGGACAGCACUCGGUCAGUUGCGAGGCGGCUACGCUGAGAAUGAUUGCCUCGAGGCCACGGGCACGCAGGCUGGCCAACCCAUUCGCGCAGCUGCGUGCAAUACAAACUCUCCUGGCCAGCGCUGGGACUUUGUACCCAGUACACCCAACGGUGUUUUUGGCCAGCUGCGCAACCGUGUUAGCGGUCUUUGCAUGGAUGUGGACCAGCAUUCAAACGCGGACAAGGAACCCACGGUGAUUGUCCAAACCUGCAGCCCCGACUGCUUUCAGCUCUGGAGCGUCACAGGAAACCGCACCUACAUGGACAGUCUGCUCCCGACAGCGCAGACCGAUGCACAUGACCACGAGCCCCGUCUGGAUCAUGGACACCUUCAAUUGCCGGGUGACUUGCCCGACUACGUGGCCGCAUCUAAAGCAGACCCCGACCAGCCGACCAAACUUAAGAUUCACCGCCGUCACCGAAUUGCUUGCUGGAUCAUGACCAGUCCCCAGAACCAUGCCACCAAAGCGGCCUUUAUCAACCAGACCUGGGGGGCACAAUGUGACGUUCUUCUGUUCAUGACCACCCGCCACCAAGUUGGCCUCAACACGGUCGUCCUCACCCUUGGAGAAGAGGAGAACCGCCAUUUCCUGUGGCGCAAAAGCAUCAUGGCCUGGUCCUUCCUCUAUCAGCACCUGCUGAACAAGGCCGACUGGUUCAUCCGCGCAGACGAUGAUACCGUAAUUCUCAUGGACAAUCUUCGAGACAUGCUCGAUGCGCCCACGGCGUCUACAGAGUAUGUGCGCGCUGAGCUAACCAUCAUCUCGAUGUGUGCCUUGAAAAUAGAAAUGCAACCGACCGACCCCCACUAUCUGGGCCGCCGCCUUUUGGUGGAGGGCAACGACUUUUACAGCGGUGGAGCUGCCAACAUCUUGAGUCACGAAGCCCUUCGGCGCUUUGGUGAAGGCAUCAAGAAUCGAGCCCGCGACAUUUUGCAUAAUGGUGAUACCUUUGCAGAUGAUCUAGAGCUGGCGCAUAGCCUGCACAAAGUCGGCGUUGAGCGGGAGGACACUCGCGAUGCACGCGAGCGCCAGCGCUUUUUCGUGCUUGGCCUUUUUGACGAGCGCACAGCACGUCGCUCGGAAAGCCCUGAUUAUUGGUACUGGAAGUAUGAUUUCUACACCCCCAAGGAAGAACCCGAUGAAUGUUGCUCCACGCGCUGGAUUGCAUCGCAUUACGUGACGCCAGAGCAUUCGCUACAGCUUCAGGAGUUGCAUCAGGCUGGAUGUGAAGCGGCGGGCCAGCAGCCAUGGAAUGCUCGCGUGAGUCGACCAGCUGUAUAG